CAAUUUUAACUAUGGCGACUCCACAAGCUUGGUGGGCAAAUAUGCCCCUUCCUCCAGGUUGGGAUGCAAAAUACGACCAAGGGGCAAAGAAAUAUUUCUUUGUCCACCAUUCCACCAAAUCAACACAGUGGAAUGAUCCUCGUAAGCAGUAUUACGAAUCGCAACAGAGAGCAGGGUUUGCACCAGCACCCCAGCACGCCCCAAGAAUGGCCCAGCACUCUCCCAGAAUGCCUCAGCAUUCCCCCAGAAUGCCUCAGCCCUUCCAACGGAUGCCUCCUCAGGCCGUGAGACAAGCCAUCCCAAUGCAGCCGAUUGUCAAACCAAAGUGCAAAACUUGUAAUAGAAUUGAGGUGCCAAGCAACAACCAGGAAUGUCAAGGAUGUCAAUUAAAGGCUCGUCAGCGGGAGGCGGAAUUAGUGAGAGCGAGAGAAGCUGAAGAAGCUCAGAGGAAGAAACACGAGAACCAACAGCGGAUCCAGAAGGAACAAGAGAGGAGAAGAGUUCAGUCAGCUGCUAGGGCAAGGACACCGAUGCAGAUGAACGUUCAGGAGACUGCCUUUGGGGAAGAGACAGUUGAGCAACGGGAAUACACAGCAGCAGAAAAGAGAGAAAUGAUCAACAACUUGAAUGACGCCUUCCCUGAGAUCAGUAAGACGGUUGUUGAGAUGGUUCUUGAGACGAGUACAUGGGAUGCAAAUAAAGCCACCUCUGUCCUCGCCACCAUGUCGCCAAGGAAACCAAUGGCCCCUAAGCCAAAGGCAACGACGUCCAGUGCUGCAGCUUCUUCGUCGAUUUCUCCGACCCAACCAAGUGAUGCAGUGAAGAAGAGAAUGCUAACUCAGUUGCAGUCAAUGCAUACAUCAGCGUCCAGUACAUUGGUUGAAAUGGCACUUAGUACAGCCAAGUACAAUGUGGCCAAAGCAAGCCAGCUACUCAGGAUGAGCCUUGACCCACCAGGGGGUCAGAAGACGGCUCCGGCCAAGGUCGUCAAACCAGCCACAACCAGCCAUGGAACUACUAGUGUAGUCACAACUACACGUACCGUCGUCCAACAACCGAAGAGGAGUGCUCCUGAACUCUUCUCUUCCCUGACCACACCGGUUGUGUCAACCACACCCCGCUCACCAACCACACCUGUUUCAUCAACCAGUACUGCUCGAGCAUCCACAGUCACCAUAGCAACCAGGGCUCCUUCACCAUCACGGCAACCUCGUCAGGCUAAAGGCAGAGCCACUCAGAGAACCAAGGAAUCUCCAAAGAAAGCACCAUAUGUCUCCAAGUCUACAAUCGCCCAAGGACCAGAUGCCUCUUUACUCAGUGGACCAGAUAAAGACAUCUUGUUGACGGCUUACAUCAGCGAGAAUCGCAGCGAUAAGAGUCUUGUCCAUGGUCCGUUGAAGGAGAACGUGGCUGGACCAAGCCACCCUAACGGCAGAGACUAUAGUCUAGCAUCCGGACCCGAUGACUGUAUCUGUAAUGGACCACAGAUGAGUCUAGCUAAAGGCUCACUGUUCACACCAAACAGGCAAUUGUAAGGUUUUGAAGGAUGGAGGUGGGCUCUCACAAAAUGAAUCAUCUCAUUUCAUCAUGUUUAAGAUUUCAUGCUUAAGGUAGGGUCAAAGAUUGGUUUUGUCAACAUAAUGCUGAUUUCUUGGCCAAAUUAACAAGUGUCUAGUCAAACCAAAUUAUCAAGUUAUACAGUGUCUAUUUGUUGAGAAAAAAAUUGAAGUCUAUGGAACAAUUUUGAAGGGGCACCAAGGCCAAUACCAGGGCAACAGAGGACAUGGCCCCUGGGCCUCUGUGCAAUAUCAGGCCUGGUUACAGAUCAGUAAUUAGCUUGUUGGUGUGCUUAAAGAAAUUGUAAAGUAUGAACAAGUGUCUGUAUUUGGUGGUGAGAAAAACCGUCUGUUUGCAGUGUUAUUAACUCUUAUAAAAAAAAACUAUAUUAGUAUUAUUAAUAUAACCACAGCAUUUAUAGCUAGAAUGUAAUAUCCUAUUAUGGAAAUAUUUCCUUUAAAAAAGAUUAUAUAACACCCAAGCAGAUCCUUGCCAUUUGAUUGGAGGAUUGUCCG